CGGCAGCAUUUGGUCUUCAAAUGCGAACAAAUCCCGUUUGAAGUGAAAGAAACGAUUCGUAAUCAAUGCGACCAAAGUUUCCUCAAUAAUACCAAAUCCACGGAACCGAUCAAAACAAGACUCUCUAACAUAUGGAACCAUUACGACAACUGCAACGACAGCGAAGGCAAAGAGACGUAUAAGUGUCAGUAUUGCGGCCAAUUGUAUGCCACUAGAAAUGCGACCAAAUUUCGGCAACAUUUGGUCGACCGAUGCGAACGAAUACCGGAAAACAUACGCCAAGAGUUGACUUUGGAGACAAUGGAGUCGUCGCGGACGUGGACUCAGGCAAAAGUGCCCGUUUGGUCACAUUAUAAGCUGUGGCAGGAAUUUGGCAAACAGAUGUGUCGUUGUGUAUACUGUGGCACAACUUAUGGCUAUAAAAACGCCACUAAAUGUCGAAUACAUUUGAUGUUAAAAUGCGAUAAAAUUCCGGUUGAAAUGAAGUUAAAAAUACGCAAAGAAUCGCACGACUUGUAUAUGAGUGCUCUGAACGCCAAAAAUGAACUUAAAUUUCAUAAAAGGGAAAAGACACGUAAACUGAUCAUAAAGUCGGCGCGAAUUCCCCGAAAGCCAAAGUCACGGAUUUGGGAUCACUUUAAGGACGAUAAGGACAUUAAGGGCGAUAUCGUUCGGCGCUGUAAUUAUUGCGACCACUUAUUCGGUUCGGGAACGAGUCGUAACGCCACUAAAAUGCGCGACCAUUUGGCGCUGUUUUGUAAGACGAUUCCCGAAGAGGUGAAGGAGCGGAUUGUGGACGAGAACAUGAAGUUCGGCCGACCCUAUCGUAAUAAACCGCCGCAACCGUUGAAGUGGUUGGAGUGCUGUUGGCCCGGAUGUGAGAUGAAGUUUCCCAAACGCUCGCGACUUCUCAAUCACCAGAAGGUUCACACCGGAGACAUAGUGCGGGUGCCCUGCGAUUGGCCCGGAUGUGAAAAGCCCUACCACUGCGAUUGGCCCGGAUGUGAGUUCAAGACCGCCAAACCCUCC